AUGACGCUCCUCAGCUUGCUUUCGUUGCUUUCAACACCGCAAUUCGACAUGUUCGGAAUACCGCCCACACCAACAGAAGACGCAUCCUCAACUUCCGAUCAUCCGGCCAAGGCCUCAAUUUUCGCCGCGGUCGCACAGGCCUCAUCCUCCGCACCAGGCCCGAAAGCUCCAGCGAAUGCAAAGUCUUCAACUCCUACAAACCCUUCUAUUCCCCCGCCUGUUCCGCCGAUGCCUCCGCGAAGCUCGUCGGUUCAAACACUGAGUACGAACGAGAUCGAGGUGCGGGAUAUCGGCAAGGCGGACAAGUACUCUAUUCGGGCGCUCGAUCUGCUCAAGGUCGGUCUACUUUCCAUCAUUCGCCCUUGUGCUGAAAACGAUCACUCAUUCACCUUUGCUCUCUCGCGUAGGAUGAUGGCCUCCUAUUCCUCGUCUUGCUAGGAUCUGGUCCGGUCGUUCCUCAUGUCGUUGCACUCGCGGAGAAGGUCAAGCGACAGCGGUACAAGACGAGUGGGGAGGAGUUGAUGCAGUAUAUCGAUGACGGAGGCGCUGAAUUAUCGUCUUUGGACAAAUGUGAGAGGAAGAAGAGCGAUUCACAUCUCUUCCCCUCCGAUGCUGACUUGAUCUUUGGAGGAAAUCUUGGAUUCGACUAGAUGCCACGCCGAGCUCUAUCAAAGUCUAUCUCUCGCGCAUCGAGAUGCGUGACAUCUUACCCAACUACAAACCCAGACACGCGAAGAAACCCGAUCUUCGACCCCCAAUCGUAUUCGGCUCCUCUUCGGCCAAGUCGUCGGGGCCAGCUGCAGCAUCCGCAGAGUCGUCAGCCGCAUCGAAGAAGACGCCGGUUGAAAGUGAGAAUGGAGGUGGCGGAGGUUUGUUUGCGAGGUUCGGGUUUUGA